UAGAAACAUUUUUCCCAUCUUGCUUCUCAGGAUGUGCAAAUCAAAGUAAAUCAAUUGGCCCAAAGAAUUGUUGAAGAAACACUGAAUACGAACAUACCCAGCACAAUGUGGCAUCAUUAACCAUUAAGUGCCUAACACUGGUUUCUAGCGUGCAUUAUUCGUCAUCUACUCCGCUUUCAUCUACAACGAUAGCCGCGUUUAUUAGAAAACGCACCUGUUAGUACGAAUUCAAAAAUCGGGAAAAUCACGAUUCAGACUUAUGUUUACGGCCUGCAUUUUUAUUGCACAAAGCAACAACUAGUCAAGUGGAUCGCUACCGAAUUAUCACAUUCCGAAAGUGAAGAUCAUGCGGCAAAACUCAUUUGUAAGUUGCUUCUCUCUUUUUUCGAAGAGGUAAGUAUUCGUUUAAUCGAACUCUAUGCUGGAGUUUGUGUCGCAUUGUGGGAGGCAGCUAGCUGUCUUGAUGUAUUGCCUGAAAAUGAAUGGGAAUACAGAAGAAAGAAUGUAAGAUCCGGUCCUGUUAUCACAUGAUGGAAGGGCCGUCAACGCAUGUCAAAAAUCUGGCACACCGGAAUUUAGUGAAAAUUAUUAAUCAAUCUGCUCGACAACUCAACAAUCAUAUUUCCAUGAUCUCGAUGGAGGCCUUGAUUCUACAUCCUUGCAGUAUUCUGAUUUUCUAUCGUAAACCAGAGAAUUUACUGUAUAGAUAAUAUUGUCGUGAAUUCCGUAAUCGCUUGAGCAAUAAACAACGUUUUCUUAGUCGGACCGAGAAGGAGGUAGGGUAGGUAAUGCAAGUCUAGCAUUCACAAAACAUACCAACGCUGAGCACCCGAGGAAGCAUUAACGGUACGGCCUCAAAAUAAAUUUGCAGCUCACGCAUAGUCCCGACUAAAAUACUCCCGGCAUCUCACCCGCUCGCAACUCCAGCCCAAACGCGAAAAAGUCGCCUGCUAGUUGCAUUGAGAAACAACAUUGUUUGCACUUAAGUGCCCUGAGAAAGUACAUACAUUACUACGCCGUCAAUCGGGGUAAAGCUAGUCAAGCUUAUCCGUCAUACUUUUCAAACAAGACUCACUUUGAUAUUCAACAAUUCCUGGGGAGGACAAUUAAAUAU